GAAAAUUUCGGAAAAUGAAGUGUAAUGAAAAGGAAUUGAUGGACGCGAGUCGUGGACUGUGCCAGAUGGAGGGCCGAUUGCAGCAUAAAAGGGCUCAUAAGUCAGUCUUCAAAGAGCGUUUCUUCAAGCUGCGCGGCAAUCUUCUAUUCUAUUUCAACAUAACUGAUCUGGGGCAGGUAGACGAGAGACAGCCAGCAGGAAUAAUAAUCUUAGAGAACUGCAAGAUAAAUGCGGAUGUUAUAUCCGAGGGUUUGUUCGCCUUCAGUAUAGUAUUCCGUGAUGAGCACGAGAAAAGGCACAUCUUCACAGCCAGAACUGAGGACCAGGUCAACCAAUGGGUGACAGCUCUGCGUCAGGCCAGCUACGAGUACUGGAGAUCUCGGUUGAUUACACUCCAGGAGAGAUUGUCCAACAAAACCGGCACCGAUCCUCUCCUCAUGUGCCCUAGAAAUCAUGGAGCUGUCAGGGACGAGGCAUGGAGCCACACCUCAAACUUCAGAUCUCACAUUCGUGCAUUCACCAGCACAGCACCCACUAUCUCCAACAUUGUUACCAAGGAAACGAAGAAUCUCAUUGAAUUAUUGUAGCCGUCAAGUAUUUUUCAACCUAAAUAUAUUUAUUUUUCUUGGCAAAUGCUGCAUCUUUUCUACUGUGAAUUCAUCCUUUUUUGAGGAUUGUGCGGAUUUACAUUGAUUUUACAAUUUUUUAUUUCCCAGUUUUUCAUUUAGGGCACUGAUCGUUGGAUGCUCGUAGGAAAUGGUAAUGCUGAGAAAGAUUUUGCGAAUUAUUUGACGAGUUAAUUGAAAAUUCCUCGACUCAACUGAAGACUUCUGCCAGAAACAUCUGAUUUUUCCAUUUUUAUUUUAUUCUCUGAAUAUUGUUGGAGGCUAGUGGGUGAGGAUUUUUUUGGGAUUGUUCUAUUAUCAGCAUAAAAAGGAUAACGUUAUUGUGUGGAAGUCACCUUUUCAUGAUUUAACUCACGGUUUCAUCGUUACCAUUUCACUAGUUAUCCACUAAUUGUAAGCGAAGAAAAAUUCACUGGAUUUUUCCUAGAGAUCUCUGCUACCUCAGGUUCGAAAACUUUCAAUAACCGACAAGACUCGAUAAAUCGUAGAAA